AUGCGCGGAACAUAUGGUAGCCAUCCAGACAAUGGCGACAACGACACGCGAGACGAUGCCGAGGCCCCCAGCAGUUUGCAGCCCCAGCAGCAGCAGCUUGUGCCGUCACUGCAGAUCCCGAAGAACAGAAGUACGGGAAACUUGGGCUCCCUGAACGACCCAGCCGACAAGGCUGGCCAUAGCCGCUUCUCCUUUGUUGCCGACUCUUCUCUCCAUCCUGCCCUGUCUCCCGAAUACGAUCCCAGGCUGUCAAGUGCUAGAAGCCCCAUCAUGAACGAGCACGAUCAUGGCCUGGGUAUGUCUGGGCUCAGGCGGAUUCGCCAGCAGCUCCCCCUCCGCACACCAACCCUCCCUUCUUCAACCUUAAGCCGAUCUCCCUCGCUAGUCAAUCUUGCUACACGGUCCAGCUCGCUGUCUUUAACGGACUUGCAACAGAUACCUACAGCGGCGUCUGUCCCGGUCUCCCCGGCUUUCACCGAAGACCUGAGCCGUUUCCCUUCAGAAUCACUCCAUUCCUUCUCGUUCGCCAACCAGACUGAUGACCUUCUUCACAACCGUCAGACGCUGCUUAAGCGGUCGCUCGAGUUUAUGAAGGAUCGCAUGGGCUGGUCAGUAUCGAGUGCCGCGGUAGCCAGUGCUCAAGCCCGAGUGAGUGGCGAUCCGGAGAUGCAGGGCAUGAUGGAUGUUCUUGCCCAAGCCCAGAUGUUUGGGAGUGGGAAUGACAUCCAAGGACGCAGCAGACUACCCAUGGGGCCUUCAACUGACCCAGCCAUCACCCCAAAUGAGGGCAAUGUGUUUGACAAAGGCUUCGCCCCAAGGACCGCAAGCCCUGAAUCCAUUGAUCGGAUACCGCUGCUGGCGUCGCCUGCAACGCUGCCAGCAUCUGGCUUAUCCAUCGUUGCUCCAGCUCCUGCUCAGGAGAAAGAAGGUUGUGAAGAUAUGUCUGAUCCACCCUCGCUCCCGACAGUUCACAAAAUCUCGGAGGAGGCCAUUGAAUCCGAAGGGUCUUCAAGGACGCCCACGAACGAAAGUGGAACGACCGCUCAGACUUCCCCACCCGCUUCAAGGCGUGAGAGUAUGCUGAAGCGGGCUAUGACAGAUACUGUCAACUUGUCUAUGGAGCAACGCCUCAGGGACGCUUUGGCUCACCCUAUGACAAGUGAACCUUUAAAGGCGCAGCAGCCAGUAUCGGCACAGCUCCUUUCCUCUGCUUCCGUAAGCUCGAAAGCCCUGGCAGCUCCUGUGCCUGGCCAUACUACAAGAUGGGUUCCUGCGGCUCAAGCGAUAUUCACUACCGAAUCGAAGCCUCCGUGGACAAUUCUCGCCGCCAAUGAUCUUGCUUGCUUGCUCUUCGGUGUGACCAAGGCAGAAGUCCGUAAGAUGGGAAUUCUGGAGGUAAUACAGGAAGAAAGGAGGGCCUGGCUGGUUAACAAGCUCCAGCAAGGCCUUCAGAAUGACACCAAGGAGAGCCCUGAAGAGGAGCCAUCUCCGCCAACUCCUGCUGUUGACACCUCCAAGCUUCUUGGGUCGCGAAACGGAGGCAUCACUGCCAAACUGCUAAGCAAGCCGAACUCAAGGGCCCUGAAGGCGAAAACCGACAGGCGCCCAGCCACCAUUCAUAGUGGCGAUCCCAAGCCCCCCAGGCCUGGGAACCCUCACCAUACCAGCAACAAAUCCAGGGGUGUUCUGCUUUGCGGUGAUGUCGUCCCCAUACAAAAACGAAACGGGGCCACGGGAUCUGCCAGCCUGUGGGUUAAGGAGAAGCGUGUAGGCUUGAUCUGGGUCAUGGAAGAAAUUCAUGAAGAUGUGGCCUACAUCGAGCUUGACGAAGAAGGAAUUGUGACAAAACUCUCGGGUGCUCUCGGCCCGAUCUGGGGUAAUGAGCAUCCCAAGUCGGGUAUGGACGUUGGCCAGCUGAUUCCUCGUAUCCCGCGACAAGGCAUCGAUCCGCACUCCGGAGAAGUCGAUUACAUGGAAAUCGCCAAAAAGAAACACUACACAUGUCGCAACGCUGAUGACAUGCAUCUACCAGCCACCGUUGAGCAAAUUAGGGGAACGACACAGCUGCGCGUUUCCAGCUUCCCUCACAUCGCUGGCAUGAUCGUUGUCGAUCCUGAGACUCUUCACAUCAAAAGCUCAAAUUCGGUCUUUUGUGGUGCCCUCUUCGGUCAUGAGAAACCUGACGGCAAGUCUAUCAACUCCUUAGUGCCAAACUUCGAGAAUUUGCUCCGUAUCCUCACGGAAGAGGAGCGCAUCGAACUCGUCGAAGGAAUGGUGGUUCCGGAGCACUCUUUCAGAAAGGCUUAUACCUUGCUUGCGAUCAAGGAGAAUCACCCAGACGCUGCCCAACUGUUCAUGCACUGCGAUGGCAUCCCGGCCAGGCACCGUGAUGGAAGUCAACUCAAGGUUGAUGUCCAGAUGCGGGUAGCGAAGAGCGAGAAGAAGGUUUCCAAGCGCGACCAGAAGGAUGGCGACAGUGACGGGGAGUCUUCAACAAGUGAGGCAGGGGACGAGUUUGUGGUUUCCGAGACCGAGUGGGUGUAUGCCCUUUGGGUCACAUACUCGAGACAAGUGCACUCUACCCGGCCAGACAAGGGCAUCUCAUCGCCUUUGAUGUCAGGCAUGAUUACUCCGUUGCAUCAGCCAUCGCCAGGACAGACACAGCCCGUCCACUCUCCACAAGAAAUUCAAUUUGACUCGGAGGAACAACCCAAGAGUGAGAGAGCACCAUUGCUGGCCGAGAACGCGACCCAAAUUGUGGGAUCAACUGCACAGGUUCCGUCCACAAAUCCUCCAGCACAAGAGAAUCCUGAGAAGCAGCCUGGGGAGGAGCAGCAAAAGGAGCAACAGAAGGAGAAGAGAAAAGAGGACAAAAAAGAACCAGACCAACAGUUACAACAACAGCAAACGACUCCUGCUGCUCAGCAAGCGUCAGAACCACCAGUUAAGAAGAAGAAAACUAUUGACGAUUUCCAAAUCCUUGAGGAAAUGGGCCAAGGCGCUUAUGGUCAAGUCAAGCUGGCUAGAUACCGCAGCACAGGAAAGACAUGCGUGCUCAAGUACGUGACCAAGAAGCGCAUCUUGGUAGACACGUGGACCAGGGACAGGCGACUCGGCACAGUGCCACUUGAAAUUCAUGUGCUCGACUUCCUCCGUCGAGACGGGUUCAAACACCCUAAUAUUGUUGAGAUGCAGGAUUUCUUCGAGGAUGAGAUCAACUAUUAUAUCGAGAUGGUCCCUCACGGCCUGCCUGGCAUGGACUUGUUCGACUAUAUCGAACUGCGCACAAACAUGGAGGAACGCGAAUGCCGCAGCAUCUUCGUGCAGGUUGCUCGCGCUGUGCACCAUCUGCACACUAAGGCCUUAAUCGUUCAUCGAGACAUCAAGGAUGAGAAUGUCAUCCUCGACGGCACAGGCCAGAUCAAGCUCAUCGACUUCGGUAGCGCGGCCUACAUCAAGAGUGGCCCAUUCGAUGUCUUUGUCGGCACCAUUGAUUAUGCCGCCCCCGAAGUCCUGGCUGGCAGGCCCUACCGCGGGAAAGAGCAGGAUGUCUGGGCUCUCGGCAUCUUGCUCUAUACCAUCAUCUACAAGGAGAACCCAUUCUACAAUGUCGACGAAAUCAUGGAUCGCGACUUGCGCGUUCCCUGGACCAUGAGUGAUGAAAGCAUCGAUCUGAUUCGAAAGAUGCUCAACCGCAAUGUAUCGCAGAGGUUGGACAUUGAGGGUGUCCUUGCACAUCCUUGGUGCCAGGGCGUUGAGAUGGUAGCGGCCCAGUUAUCAUGA